GCCCUUCGUCUAUCCGGUGGCCUGGGGUCCUGCCUCCGCGCUGGCCCCGCGGCCAUUUUGGCUUUCGCUUCCAGCCGCGCCGCCUGCCUGCCUAGCCCUUCCGGUGUCGCGCUGCUCAGGGGCUUUUUAACGGUCCGUCUCUCCGCAAAGGUCGCCGCUGUCGCCGCGGGAGGGCUCCUAUCUAUGGUGGUGAGGCCUCUAGCGGACUAGGACACGUCUCUUCCUGCCAGGAUGGAUGUCGCCUCAGCCGCCGCCUCCUGCGCUGGCCGUCCGGCACUGCGGUCUGCCGCCCGCCGCCCUCUGUGGCUUUUCUGCUGGCCCGGGGAUCGGCCUGGAGCACCGACUCCGCCGCUGGGCAAGGCCGAGACGGUGUAGGCCCCCGGGUCCCGUCGACCCCCAACCUACGCGAGAGACUGCCGAGAAAAAGGAGAUGGAGCCGGGGACAGGCGGGUCGCGGAAACGGUCCGCCCUCUGGGCGGGCUCCCGGUUCCGGCUGCCCUUCUUCUUUCGGCGGCCGCAGCCAGGCUCGUCCCAGUUCCCUGCACCUCCUGACCCCGCACUGCUUCCCCCUGCCCAGCCCAAGGCUCGGACCAGCUACUGGACCAAGCUGCUUUCCCAGCUCCUUGCGCCGCUCCCCGGCUUGCUUCAGAAGCUGCUGAUUUGGAGCCAAAUCCAAAUCAGUGCGAUGGUUCCGACCAGAUGGCUAGAUUUUGCUGGGGGCUUCAGCGCUCUGAAAGCCCUGAAGGGACGGCAGGAAGCCGCCGGCCCCACAGCGCAGAAGUCUUUGAGUUCGCAGCGGCCCAAUUCCUCGGACUACUCGGUGGCCAGUCCCUUUGACUGGCUAGAGGAGGGGAUCCACUGGCACUGCUCGUCCCCAGACCUAGAGUUGGAGCUUAAAGCCAAGGGAAGAGCUUUGGACCCUGCAGCACACGUGUUUCUCUUAGAGCAGCAGCUGUGCAAAGUGGAGCUGUUGCCCAGUAGCCUUCAGUCCCGUCUGUACUCUGACCGGGAACUUGGCUUUUCGCCCUCCGGGCCUCUAAGCAUUCAGCGCUUAGGCAGUUUCAACGUAGUCUCCUAUUUGCCGAGCUCCACCUGCCUGGACCGCCUGCCCCAGCCGGAGCUCAGCUAUCAGACCAGCGUUGGACAUGGCCAGCUAGUUGAUUGCCAGGCACUAACGCCGGAGAGCAGCUGCCUGAUUGAGGACGAUUGUCAUCCCCAGCCACUGAGUGCAGAGAUCUCUCCAGCCUCCUGGCAGGGAUGCCCACCUCUUUCUAGAGAAGGCCUGCCGGAAAUUCACCAUCUUCGCAUGAAACGGCUGGAAUUCCUUCAGCAGGCCAGCAAGGGGCAAGAGUUACCCACCCCUGACCAAGAUAAUGGCUACCACAGCCUGGAGGAGGAACACAACCUCCGGAAGGAUCUGAAACGCUGCGGAGAUGACUCAACACAGUUUGUUCCCCUUGCUGGAGCCAUUCCUGGAAGCAUCAGGGAACCUACUGAAGAAAAAAUAGAAUUGUUGACUAAAGAAAUUCCACUGGCCUUGGAACAACAGGACCCUUCGGAGAGCCGUCCAUCUUCUGAGGUAUCUAUGGAAAGAGAGCCUAGAGAGGACCAAAUAAGUGUAGUUGAAGACCUUCCCCUUUCUGCCAGACCAGCUUGUAGUAACAAAUUGAUAGAUUAUAUUUUGGGAGGUGCAUCCAGUGACCUGGAAACAAGUUCUGAUUCUGAAGGUGAGGAUUGGGAUGAGGAAGCUGAGGAUGAUGGUUUUGAUAGUGAUAACUCGCUGUCAGAAUCAGACCUUGAACAAGACUCUGAAGGGCUUCACCUUUGGAACUCUUUCUACAGUGUAGAUCCUUAUAAUCCCCAAAACUUUACGGCAACAAUUCAGACUGCUGCCAGAAUUGUUCCUGAAGACGCUUCUGAGUCAGAGAAGGAUUUGUCUGAUAAAUCUGAUGUAGAGAAUUCCUCCCAGACUGGAAGCCUUUCUGAGACUUCUCACCAUAGUUCUGAGGAGGAAGAUGAUUGGGAAUCUAGUGCAGAUGAAGCAGAGAGUCUCAAACUGUGGAACUCUUUCUGUAAUUCUGAUGACCCCUACAACCUUUUAAAUUUUAAGGCUCCUUUUCAAACAUCUGGGAGAAACCAGAAAGGCUGUCAUGACUCAAAGAGACCAUCUGAGUCCAUUGUGGCCAUUUCUGAGUGUCACACCUUACUUUCUUGUAAGGUGCAACUGUUAGGGAGCCAAGAAAGUGGAUGCCCAGACUUGGUACAGCGUGAGGUUCUUUCUGGAGAAAGACACACGCAUAUCAAAAGAAAAAAGGUAACCUUCCUUGAAGAAGUUACUGAGUAUUAUAUAAGUGGUGAUGAGGAUCGCAAAGGACCAUGGGAAGAAUUUGCAAGGGAUGGAUGCAGGUUCCAGAAACGAAUUCAGAAAACAGAAGAUGCUAUUGGAUAUUGCUUGACAUUUGAGCACAGAGAAAGAAUGUUUAAUAGACUCCAGGGAACAUACUUCAAAGGACUUCAUGUUUUCCAGCAAUGUUAAGAUGAAUUGGCAGCCUGUAGCUCUAGCAUAUACUACCUCUUACUUGAGAGGUUUCUUUUAAAAACAAAUAUUGGCAGCUGUCCUUUGACCUUUUUUUAGAGGAAAUGUAACUUGGAACCAGUGGUCUAGUUUAAUUUUUUUUUUUUUUUUUUUGCCACGUAUCCCACUUAGAAACAUUCAGGUCUGAAGCCAGGCCUGAUAAUGAAGGAAGAGAUAGUAUGGCUUCUGAUCCUCCUUUUCUUGAUUUAGUUGGAUGCAUUUUUAAAUGACCUUUGCUUGCUUGAGGUAAAAAAGGGACCUUUUGGAGUUGUCAUUUUGCACUUUCAAAAUUCAUUUUCUUGGGAAACAAUAUUUAUAGGGCUUAAAGCCCAUCUUCAGUUCUAAAUUAAAUUAUGUAUGCCUGUCUAAAAACUUUGGGCUCUUUCUUGUUUUUUUCCCAACAUUCUGAAAUUAAUGGCUUUCUGUAUUUUUUAAUUUCAGUAAUUUGGCCUAUCUUAAGGCUAAAAACAAAUCUUGUAUAUGCUACCAACUUAAAGUACUUUAUCUUGUGUCACUUUUUUUUUCUUGUAAAAAUGAGUUUGGUUGAAAAUGUGUGGUAAAUUUUUAUUUCUUUCUAAGAUACUUCCAAGGACUGCCACAAAAUCUACAUAUUCGGUACUCUCUGCUACAUUGGGAAAACUGCAUCUUUCUGCCAAAUUAUAUCAUCUAAUAUAUUUAAUUUCUGUGGAAGCUGUUCUUUGGAGAAGGUUCUGUAUAUGUUAUUGUAGUUCCCAGUUGAAUGUAUUUCUUUGUAUCUUAUAACAGGUAGAAAUUGUAAAACAUUCUAGAAAGUAAUAAUUGGAUCAUAAGACAUUUAUUUUUUAAACUUAAAAGCCUAGUAUUUUCCUAAGAAGAUGAUAGGAGACAUCUCAGAGUAAUUUGGUUUUGUUGUGUGUGCUCUCAACAGAAAACCAGUGUUAUUAAUAUCAUCUUGCCUCAGCACUGUCACUUUUGAAACCUGUCAGGAUGACACUGUAAACUUGGAAAUGGGCAGUUCUGAAUUUUCAAGUUUGAAAUGUAAAAUAUACACUUAAGUCAA